GUUUUUAAUCUAAACUUCCAUGAGGUAUUUUCAGUGGCAGCUGAGAUGCAUUCAGUUCUCUGUAUGGUCUUCAAUCAUGUUAAAGAUGAACUUAUCACUGGUGGGACAGGAGGCAUGAAGGUAAUCUGAUAAUCUAAAUAAAUGUAGAUGAUGUCAAAAAGUGAAUUAGAACAAAAAAGUUGUACAUGGGCACAGCCAACUGUAUCUCUGAUUUCCUUAAGGCAUUUGAUGUCUUCUGUGAUCUAUUACUGUACAGACCAACAUGGAAUCUAUUUAUUUUAUACUUAUUAUAAUAGAAAAGGACAAAAUUUUGGCAUUGCUGAUGUCACCUGUGCAUCUAUUUUUCAAUAAAUCACAAGUGGGAACCUAUCAAAAUACGUGUAUAAUUCAGCUUAAGUAUCAUGUUCCAAACAAUUAUUCCAGAGGCACAUGUUGAAUGUGAGAUGAGUGAUAGCCCAUAGGGCCAAGUUGGCUAUAAUCAUUUAAUAUCCAACAAGUGCAAAUGGAAUUAUUCUUUUAUAAAAUAUAGAUAAAUUUUCCCAAAUUUAUUUGUAGAGCAUGGUAUAAUGGCUCAUAACUCAUGAAGGCUAAGCCAAUAAAAAUUCUUAAAUUGCAUUAGGCAAUGAUCCAGUUUUUAGUAACAGGUAAUUUUCCCCUUUCCCCUCUGCACUGUUAUAAUUAGUUGCCCCACACUAGUGACAAGCCAAAGAAACAUCUUUGUACGUCAUUUUUUCUUUAACCUUACAAUUCAUCAUACUUCAUGCUCUAUUAUACUUAACUGGCACAAAGACUUACAACAUUUCUGAUCCUAGCUGUAUGGGGAAUGUGUGUUAUAUAUGAACCUCGCCAUGGCUCAGCUCAGCUUAGAGUCUCUCUGGCUCAGUUGUAAAGCAUGAAAGUAUAAAAUCUGAUGGUAUGAGGUUCAAUUUCUCAUGGGGGACAAGGAGUUUUCUAUUCUUUGUCCCACACAUGCAACAAGACAGCAAAACAUUUUAUUAACCCCUACAGUUGCUUUACACUCGCUUAUACCUUGUGAAUUGGGUUUCAAAAGAUGAUGUAAUUGUUGUCACAUCAAGAUAGAACUCUGUCAACUAAGUUGAUGGUUUUGCUUAUAAUUAUCUCACCUAUUUUCUGCAUACUGUAUUCAUUUGAUAACUGUCAGAAGAAGUAACAUGUAUGUAUUUAACACCUCUGGGAAUCAAAGGGUGAAUUUUAGAAGCUUUCAUGGUAACACUUUUAAUUUAGACCAUUACGUAUUUUUUUAGUUCUGGACAUUUGGUGAACUAGAUAAAAACAGACAGAAAGCCUUGGAUAGAGAUUCAAGACCCAUGGCCAACUAUGGCUUAGUUUUGAGGUAAUAUGAUAAUUAACAACAGUGCCAAUCUAAAACUUAAUAAUAUAUAUAGACCACUUGUGAUUAACAUCCUCACUGACUACAAUUUUGAUCUUUUCACUCAAGUACAAACUUUUAUCUGAGUGUGAAAGUGCCAGUGGAGCCUCAAAUUGCUUAAAGAAAAGAAAGAAUAAAUAUAAAUUUAUGUUUUCAAGUGAUUAGUUUGAAUUCAAAAGGCUACAUUUUCACUCAUCUCCCUUCCCUUAGUCCAAUUUUGGCUAACAUUCUGUGAUUUACCAGGCAUCAAGAGUCCUAAUUAACCUUACUUUACAUCCUAAGAUCACUAUGCACAUUCUCCAAACACUGUUCUCUGUACUUAAUUUGUUUUUAAACAAAUUCAUUAAAAUAACAAUGGGCUUCUUUAGAUAGAGAUAACUCCUUUCUUCUUAUGAGCUUAAUGAGGGACUCAGGGGUGAUAUUGUUAGGUGAUAGUAGUUGCUAGUCACUCUCAGGGGUCAUAGGGUUAACUCGUUUCAUGGGGACUUAAUAGGAAAAAAAACUUUGGAACUUAACGAGGAACAAAAGUGUUCUAGGGCAGGGAGAAGUGCGAUUUAAAAAAGUUUAAUUCCAGCUGACCUCCUCUGCUUCUUGGUUAAUUCAAAUGAUAAUUUUUGGGUUGGUGAAAUAUAGAUACCAUGUGAAGUAAACUAAACACUGUUAAUAUCAAACACAGACUACAGUGUUUGGGCAAGACAGUUUACAGACUAGCAGAACGAGAUGCUGGCACCAGAGAGCAAUGAACUAAACCAGUAUGGGUGGUGUGUGUGGGAAAGCAUUGACUUACUCGCAACUGGCAGAGCAUUAGAGCGAUCUGAAACCCAAUACACUGGAAGACCCAAAACUAACUGAUCCGGGGCGUGUUCUCCACGGUUGUCAUUGUACUAUUGUGUCAAAUUAGAGGUCAUUUUGAAUGAUACUAGCAUAGUGUGUGAUCACAACCACAGGGCAUCUUAUCCUGACAUGGGGGGAAGCUGGGUAAAACAAGUAGAGCUGGAUGAAGCCAUGCAGGUAAGUGUAUGUUGUAGCUUCUGGUCCUGAAAACCUGCAGAAAAUGUCAAAUUUAAGUAUAUAAUGAAAUCUGUACAGUCUUGAAGGAACAUCCAGGAUCCAUAAUCUGAAGUUUGUUGAGGAUCCAUGCUUUGAAAUUUGUGACUGACUCCCGAUCUGAAAUCCACUUAUUUUCGAAGUCUGCGCCAAAUCUGCUAAUGUUGAUCCACUUCAAAAUGCAACCUUACUUUUGUUUUUCUACACAUAUUUUCUUGACAGCGUCUCUAUUGUCUGUCUGAACGGAAUGUAGUGGCUUACGACAUGGAAGGAAAUCUUCUAUUUCAGAUACUGGAGUGAGUGAUGUACAUGUGAACCUCUGUCAGUGGUUUUUUUCUUCUUUUCAAUUUACACUUGAGACUACAUUGUGCGAGGCCUAAAUGUCUCGGAGGUUUGUUUUUAUGAGCCAACAAAAAGUGCCAAAUUAAUGUUUGUCAUUUUCUAUUUCUUUCUGGCAGCGCUCACAGAGGUCCAGUGACUGGAUGUGUUUAUUCAAAAGCUUGUAACUUUCUGGUGACCGUAGGAACUGAUUGUGAUGGUAAGAUUUCAUGGUUUUAACUCUGCUGGGUGUUUUGUGAGCGAAUGUUAUGGAGCAUAUUUUGACUGAGUGUCGAAAAACUAAAGCCAAAGUAAUUAGAACCCACCCCGAACACAGGUAGAUGUUGUAAAUCAACAACAAAAAGCGCGCGAAAGCGAGAAUGAGGAAGUCACUAUGAUUUAUUUGGUUUAUUUGGUGUGAGUUCUCUUGAGGCCUAUCAUACAAGCAAGGGGUGGGGGAGGGGGGGUGUGGACACCUCGUCCGUGUUAUUCACAUGAGUUUUUACUACUUUUCUUAUACCAAAAUUCAUGGAAUGGCAAGAUCGCAGUUUACUACAUUCCUGGCUGAUGCGUGAUGUGACGCGGUCUUCGAGUGGCAAAACUCGAGACUUCCCGCGAUUUUGGCGAGAAGCGCGGGAUAUUUUCGUGAAGCAGCGCCAAUACGCGUAACACAGUAGGAGCUUAGUCUAUGGCUAAGGUGAUGCAAUCCCGCAGUGCCCUUGUCACUUAAUCUAAAACUGUCCUAUGACAAAGAGCGAGAACGUAAGCUCCAAACAAGUUCACAUGACUGGCGGAAAGCAAGAAAACAGAAUCUCAAAAAACCAAAAUGUGCUCAUCAAGUCAAAGCUUGUUAUGGUUGUGGUUGUUGUUUUUUUUUUUUUGUUAGAUAUAGAACUUAGUAUUUCUCAUUUUAUUCAUAUCAAUUGAUUUUCAGUAAAUGUUUGGAGCAGAGCAAAGAGUGGAGGAAAAGUACACACUUUCUCAGGCCAUUCUAAGGUGAGCUUAUCUCCAUUCGAUAUCAGCUUUGUACUGUCUGUUUUGUACUGAAGACACCAUGAACGACACUAGUAACCACAAUGUGGGUUUUCAAGGAUCCUGAUGUUUUUUUUCCUCCGCCAUAUUCAGGCCAUAACAAAGAUAUUGCUUCACCCUGAGAAUUCGGCGCUGGUGAUAACUGCUGCCAUGGAUGGUAUCAUAAAAGUAAACUCUCUUGACUUUAUGGAGGAGAUAUACAGGUGAGAGCACUAACAGUCCAUACUCUGUACUUAUCGACUGAAAUGAAGUCCGCAGGUAAAUUUCACGUUCUCGGAAAAAGUAAAAGAGCCGAGCGAGUACGGAGAUGGACGGCCUUUUUCGAACAGGCUCAGUUUAAGCCGUUCGGCCCAACACACGAACGAUUUUAUUGUGGUUCGCCAUAGGAUGGCAUAAGCGGAGCUGAAAAAGUCAAAUUAUGAUACGAUUUGUUGCGCUCAAGAAACAGCGUCCAGAAGUAAAGUAUACUACCACCUUACUACCUUGCGCCGCCGUGUUAUGUCAAAUGCACUCGAGCUCACUACUUCUGGGAUAAAUUUGUGUGCCUUAAUUUCUCGUGAAAUUAAGUGACUUACCAUUCCCUAGUUCUUGACCAGUUGCCCUGUUUUCCAGUCUUACAGUAACGAAAGAAAGUUUUGCGUGCGAGGGAACUAUAAUUCUUAGGAGCACCAAAUAUUGACCGUGAUUCUUGAUUCUCAAGCCAACUUAACGCGCUUUAUCAAUAACUUUUCAGCAUUCCUGUAUUUUCUGAGGGAAUUUACUGGAUGAACAUCGUCUCUUCAAAGCUUCUUUACUGCUGUUCUAAUCGCUUCAUCGAAGUAUUCUCACUCAACCAUCUGUGUAAUUUCUGGGCCUCAUCACGCUGCUCAGUGACGUCACUCAGUCUGGUCACGUGUAAGGGAAAGUCAACGCGUGUUAUGGCUGUUGGAAAUGACAGCAGGUAAAGUUGUAAACAAAAUGGGGGAGGGCAUGGUGCAAUUGAUGUUAUCAAGUUAUUCCUGGUAAUGGAAGAGGGGCUGGUGCCAUGGUUUUGCUGAAGUGAUUUUAAGACUAAAUAUCUACAGACUCUAAUAGAGUUUGGUAAAACUAAUUUUUGAAAAAUUUAAGCAAUUUCCUUCAAUUUUCUUUUUCUAAGUUGUUUUUACUCACAACGAAAUCGGUUCUAAAAUACGGCAGUGUCAAAUGAAAUCGUUUUUCUAGUAUAUUAAACUUAUCUGCCUUAAGUAUCUUUUAUUACUAAAACUCACUCGAUGAUGUUUCUAGUGAGCUUUGAAGGUAGGCGGAGUUACUCUGCACUGAAAUCACCAUUUUUUUUGGUUCUUGUAUUGUAGUGUUCGUUUGAUUUCUCGGAAGCGUCAGAACCUCUCCACAGUCCUCCCGCCGCCAUCCAUUUCUCCUCUAAACAUGCUCAAAGAUGUGGCAUACAACAGGGAAUUUAACAUGAUGUACUUGUUAAUUGAUGAGCAUGAGAUCUGGGUCUACUAUACCAGGUAAGAAUCCGUUGACACCUGUCUGGAUCAGCGUUAAAACCACGAAAUGUUUUCCUUCCACAUUUUCUUUUUGGGCUCAUAGUGCUAUUUCGGCGCAAAUCUGGAUGAACCAGGAAAGUAUCAGAUGUUUUUCAUUACUCAUAUCUUUUGUGCUUCCCAACAAAACGUGAGUAUGAAAGUAUGAAAAAGGAAAAGCGACAGGCAAAUGACAAAAACCUUACGGACUGAGUUACAUGGUAGGUACGACGGUGCGGGAAAAUAUUUGGCUUUCGGUUUUGACGCACGGAGAUCGCUGCGCUCGGUCCAUGCAUUCUGACCACGGCCACUUAGUCAAUAAGUACAUGUAUCAUAUAAGGGUACGGCCUAAAUGCGCAAUCCCUUAGAAAGCCAUAGUGAAAGCUGACUAUGGACUUCAACUGAAAUUAGGAAGAGUGCGAAAAUGAGUCGGCCUUCUCGAGGGAUUACGUGUUUCUUGUGCUGAAUCGAAAAAAAAAAAGAAAAGAUUUAUUGUAGAAUAUUUUUAGUAGUUGUUCAGUGCGCUCUAUUUAGGCUGUUAGAAAAAGUUUGAAACACUUGGUGCUCAAUUCAAAAAAUUCUAAUUGACUGAGUUUGUCAGGCCAGACGGAAAGCCGGCUUUCCAACUCAGUCAUUACGUGUAUAAUCAUUUCCAGAAGCCGAUCAGUUUUAUGAGUGACGACUUUGGGCGCCAUGCAUGAAGGUUUUCAAGUUUCUGAUGAAUUCUUUUUCAGGACGAAUCCAGCGACACGAGUGGAGUCUUGGAAACUGGACUUUAUUGAAGACAUCCAUAAUCAACAUUCCCAAGAUGCUUUGCAGAGGUCCAGAGCCAACAGUCCAUGGCCUAAUGAAGGAAACAGGUAGAUAGCACAUGUAGAUGAAACUCCUAACCAUGAAGAAUUUGACAGUCUAGAUAUGCGUAGAGCGCGCGAUAGAUUCAUCGCGCGGUUGCAUGUCUCUUUUUUUUUUUUUUAAAUUCCCAGCUUGGGAUGGUAGGCCUUUGCUAUGGUUACUGUAAUAAAUUCUAUGGUUGGUGGAUUCAUUUGAGUAUACUCAAUGUAAUUGGCCAUGUAACUGUCCGAUUACAGGUGUCCGAUUACGACCAACUGUACAGUUACAACUCUACAGAAUCAUCGAGGAAAAUGAGGCAGUUCAUGUACUAAUCACGUUCGAAGAAAUUUGAUGAUUAUAAUUGAUUUUAGUUUUCAAACAUUCGGUUUGCUUGAAGAAAGAUGUUUCCAAUUCCGUUCCCCUUGUCAGAUCCCCCAGUCCUGAAUCUCCCCCGCCUGGUAGGAGUUCUUUUCCACCGUUAGAGGUCAGCGGAAGGGAAUCGAUGUUAUCCACUCGUAAGGAGAAAGUCCAGAUCACGUGUCUUGGAAUAUUGUAUUCCCCGAUAAUAAUGACGUCACUGGAGGGAGAUGCAUGUCCUGAUACAACGCAUUUCCUUAUGGCGGGAACUCAGGUGAGUUGCCACUUAGGGGAGGAGCGGAGGGGGUGGGUGGAAGUAAUGAACAUUGGUAGACUACACAAGCUGUUUGAGUUUAUCAUUUCUAACCUGAGAGUGACCAUUAUGUUAAAUCUCUUUGCCCUAUUUGGCGGAGAGGUCGCGUAAAUUUACCAGAUCAUUACAACAUUACAUUUUCUUGAAUAGUUUGUCUUGGAUAGACUCUAAAUUUUCAGGAAUAACCAAUAAGGGUAUGUACCUUCGCCUGUUAGGAGAUUCGCUCUCAGAUCUUAGGAUCAUUCUAAUGAGAGACGUUCUUGUGAUCUUUUGCCAACCAAUGUCAUGGACUCAAAAAGAAUUUGUUUCACUACCACAAAACGAUAUUCUACGAUUUCCUUCUAACUGCAGAGACCGUUGAGUUAAUUAUAAUCUCAAGAGUGGACCGGUAAUUUUCACCCAUAACACGGCUUCUAAAGUUCAGUGAGAAUUUUAUUUUCUUUCAGGAUGGGCGUGUCCUCUUUCUUCACAUGUUUUGGCAAGGACUAAAAUAUCAUCAACUUCAAGCCAAUAAGGAUGCUGUAAGUACAUGUAUUUUGAGAAACAAACCUGGCCGGUAUGUCAUAAUAAAUAGCAAAAAAUUCCGAUCUGGUGGAAAAACAUCAGCCGAAGUUCAAACCACUUUCCGCGGCGAGAUGCGGCAAGCCGCUGUGUUUUUCUCGCAGAUGGACUGUGAGUUCAUCACUAAUAAUUUCCCGACCCGACGCCACCUGCAUUUCGUCAAGUCCUUAGGAUAGUUUGCCAGUAUCCCGUUUUACUCCAGGGUGGAGAGAGAUGUUGUGGAGGCAAAGUGUCUUGUCCAUGGACAGAUGAGAAUGACUUUGGUCAACAAUUCACACGAGAUCCAAGGAGGCUACUUGCUCCGCAAGAGGCUACUUGCGUUUAUAAGACAUAAUGUUUCAGAUAGGAACGAGAUUCAACUAGUUAUUUUAAUUAAUUUACUCGUCAAAUGCCUCCAGCUUGUUUAUUGUACCCUCGUUUUCACAGCAUCAUUAGUUUCUUGAAAGUUGAUCCGCUUUUUGUUUUUGAAGGUUCUUCAGGUUUACCAUGACCAGGACAACAAUACUCUGGUUACAAAGUGUCGGUAUCCUAAGAUUGUUAUCCAUAUUUGGUCUUUGCCGCUCCUACAGUUGAUGAAGAGGAUUGAUUGUGACGCUGACAUGACAUGCUUUACACGCAUGGUAUGAUCUGAAACGUUGUGUUAAUGAUAAGUAGACAUAACUGCUUCCUGUGCCGCUACUAUCGUGCAGCGCAUAUCGUAUUAUUUCUGAUCAGUAAAAUUUAUAACAAAAGUCUCGAACGUGAUUUACUCGCAGUAGUCCGAUUUUGCACUGAUUUUAAACAUUACAACUUGCUCAAAUGUGAUAGCCGGAUGAACUAGUAUAGUUCUCUUAAAUUAUUUUAUAGAUUUGUAAUGGGACGGUGUGCUGGGAUACAUAUAGUUGGUUGUAAACGCACACCUGUAAUCGGACUGUGGCAUCAGUCAAUCACGCUUAGUUUUCUCAAAAGAGUGAUUUACUAUAACCUUAGGAACAACGUACCGUCCAAAGCUGAGGAUUUCCCAAACUGUACAUAACGAUGUUUUUCUCGCAAAUUUUUAGAAUUUUAAUUCAAUGAUAACAGCACCAUGUGUCCUCCAAGUCGGUUAAUAAUCAUACUCAUGAUUAACAAAUCGGACGGCAGUAAAUUAAUCACUCGUAUAUUUACAGACCUAAUUGGACUUCACACGUUUCUAUUACCCUACCAUAACUAAAGGAAAGUGUUUCGGUUUUCAGAACAAUAUUUUGUUGUGUGGACAUCAAAGUGGAUACUUGCAUCUUCAUUCGCUGUCUGUGGAUAACAAUGAAUUUCGCGAAGAUCAAGGUAAGUAACAUAACAUAAUGAAUACAGUGAACAACAAUGAACAUACAUAUAUUCGACAACAUACGUUUGCGCUCGGAAAUUGAACCACAAUCCUUCCCCUGAAAGGAAGUUUGUCUCCUUGUCUUUGCUGCUCAAAUUUAUGAUCUAAUUUGCGAAAAUCGUCUACAAUUUAAAGCCAAACUUUUUCCGCAGUUACAGUAAACUUCCCGUGUACAGUCACCGUUAGACCGUAUAACCAUGGAUUCCGUUGUCAUAGCUGAUACGCACGUUCACUUAACGUAGUGAUUCUGGGUGUUCAAUAACUGCAAAACUUGUCAAGUUUGAGAGUUAAAUUGAUUGAAUCCAUGAUUUAAAUGUUUUUGUUUUCUCAACAGAAGAGAGAGCGAAGGGAACCAGGCGUUCACCUCCCAAGGAUCAUAAGAGUUGUAUUAACAGUGUGGACUCGAACUCGAACCUGGAGAUAUUUUGUAGUGUCAGGUUAGUGUUGCGUCGUUUCAUGUGUUAUUUUAAAGCUUAGUUUAACCAACGCGUUUCCUUGAAUAAGUUUCCCCAAGUUUGCUUUGGCAACUUUGACAGGAAAAUAUGGCCAUUAAUGUUCUUGAACAAGGGCGAAAAUAUUGCUGAAAACGAAAUUUGCUUAUGUGGAUGAGUUCAAACAUAAAACUGUCAUGGGAUUUCUAAAACCUUUUACGCCCUCAGUAUGCAUAUUUUUCAUUCCGUUCACUAUGUAUCUUCAUUAGUACUGGCAAAGAAAAUUUGUUUUACCGUUUAACUCUCAGAAGUGAUAAAGAUGUAAUUUCUCUGUAUGAUAUCCAUUAAUUAUCCAGAAAACAUGGAAUGAGAAUACUCAAACUCAACAGGUAGAAGUUGUUUUCUUGAUCUAGCACCAAGUUCUCCUGGGAGUUUAAGGUUUAACAGUCAAAAGCUUCCUUAUUUUGUAUUCCUUACUUUUUUUCUCAUGACCUGAACUUUUGCUGUUGUAGUGGAGAUGGCAUCAUCAAGAUUUGGGACAAAAAUAAAACCCUUCUACGAGAAAUCAUUAUGAACGAAACAUUAACAGUGGCCUCUUUCCUAAAUACACAAGGUACAGAUCGUUGGAUUUUUAUAGAUUAUUUUCAUGAGCGCGUUAAGAUUUCCCUUCGCUUGUUUGGAAAAAAGAUCAGAAAAUUAUCAACUUUGAUAUCAGUGAUGAAGUUGUAAAGCAGUCAUACAUGUACGUUCACUAGAACCCUUUCAAUUUUUUUUACAAUCAAUGUCCUCGUUUUGAUAUUCGUCGUUUUUUUUCUCUCUUUUCUUUCAAGGAGAUAUCCUAAUCGGUUUCAAACAGCACAUCUUCAUAAUUCCAAAUGAAAAAGGUGAGUUAAAAUAGUCAAAUAGCAGUUUAGCUUUUCAAAUCGACACACAAACGCCCUGAAACUCCUCCAAGGAGGAACACAUAUUGGCUGAAAAGGACAAAAAUGGAUGAAGCGUUGGGAGCUAGAUUUUUUUAAAAAGCUCUUCAGGACUGCGUUGAUUUUGCUGCUUGUCGCUCUGUCAUUGGCCUGGAAUAUUUACGCUAUCCUAUCCACCAAUCAGAUGUAAACUACGUUGAAAUCAAUCAGUUCUUGGUAAGUCACGUUUUCCCCGCGUACAAGCCAGACACUUGAGUUCCAAUUUGGCUCCUUGGGAUCUUUUCCUUUAUUCUGGUUGGCCGUGGUGAUUACUCUGGUGACGGUUUAAUGACGCUUAAUGCAGGGUAUAACUAGGGUAACGAAUUUUUCAAUUACUGCCAUUGCGUAAAAAAAAACACUUCUGUUUAGUUCGCUCCUACAGACUUCUUGUAAAUCGGCUUGUACAGAUCUUGAAAGCCCCUUUUACUUAGGCGUGUGACGUUGAAAUUUUUCUUUAAUCUUUCAGUGUACCCUGUGAAGGAUGGCUUAUUACCUGGCAGCAGAUCUGAAUCAAUCGACGAUGAGGCGUUUGAAACAGGUAGAUAAAAGGUUGUCUGUAUUAAUCGUCAAUUCAUUGCCUAGCUCACCUUUUUUUUAUUUUUUUUGCUUAAUACGAUAUAGAAUCAGACAUCUACGAGGACCCAUCAGUAAGAUUUGAAAGCAAAAAGAUUCUGCAACCAGAUCCUACUAACAUGGAAAACUACUUGGUAAAACUUUAAUUUCCAACUUGGUCCGCAAGUAUUAGUCUUUUCCUUAAUUCCCAAGUUGUGAACUUUCUCUCUUUGUCAAUCUCUAGGUACCAUUUCCAAACUUACAGUUGAAGACGUCUUGGUUUAUGGAAGGUCGACCUCCCCCAGACCUUGAACCGCAAAACCAACAGGAGGACGAAGAGGUACAAGUAAUAGUUAUUUUGAGGUUAAAGCAAUUUCCCCUCGAAUGUCGAAAGUUAACAGAUUUUGAGUUGGUUUUGAUCUAUUUCGCUCUGUGAUUGGUCUAGAAAACUCCCAAUCAGACGCAAAACUGAAAACAAACGUCACUCGAUUGAAAACUACUCUUAAGUACUCGUAUAAAGACACUGAUAAUGUGACAAGUUACACAAAAUUUUUGUUAUUUUAUUCGUUUGUUCAUCCUCGCAAACCAACAUCUGAAGAUCUUAUUCCAAUUACUGAAGAGUUUUGACAAACCAUCAAACAACCUACACCUUAAAAUAGUGCAACUUAUAAUACUCUUUGCUUUACUUUCAGUCCAUUAGCUUGAUGUCGGACAGCCUCUCGCUCGCUCCGACUGAAGUCUACGGUUCCCCAUCCUCCACCCCCAGGCGAAUUUCUUUGGCAAGCUCUGUAGCGAUGUCUGAACGCAGAACCAGCACAGAAUUAUGGGAUCUUCCUGAAUUUGGAAACUCGCCAGUGAGUUCACCACCCAGAACUCCUCCACCAGAACCAACACCUCCUCCCACCCCUCCCCCAGUAAGUUUUUUCGAAGGUUUUGUUUUGCGUGUACUGUGUAAUUGGUAUUCUUUAGAUAACGAUUAAAUGAUAUAUAAAAUAGUAAAUAAAGGGGGUAAGUUUCUAAGGAAACUUGGGUCUGCGUCGAUGGGAGAGUAUAACAGGGUAAUUAAGUAAUAUCAACUGAGUUGAUAACGUAAAUUGGCUGCCGUAAAGAGUUUAAAAGCUAAACUCUUGACUCUUUACGGUGGCCAAUUUACGUUAUCAACUCAGUUGUUGAUGCUUAAUUAUUCUAUUAAAUAAUGAAACUGAGAACAGUUCCCUUUUGCUUGUAGGAGGUGGAGUCUGAUGAGGACUCGAGUGGAGGUAAUGUAAUUUUAUCUGUGUUCUUUAACUCCUACAAAUAUGAUUACUUAAAAUGAUGAGGCUUGUGCUUGCUUUUGCAAGGAUUGUAGUAGCGUAUCCAGGGGGAAGGAGUUUAUGGGGAACUUGCAAUCCCCACUUCCCCUCCUCCCUUGAUGAGACGUAUGGUAAUUCUUAUUACUUUUACUGAAACAAAAUUUUUACCAACGACAGGAUUGAAAUAUUUAGCAGCUUAUCAAGAGUUGAAAAAUUUUGCUUUCGCAAUCAAGGUGUGGACCUCCCAGUUACAGAAUGUGCGUGGUGUAAACAUUUGAUAAUCGAAGUUCAUUCCGUUAUUGCUCUCGAUACAUCUUUUGAUUUGCUGUCAGGUGAAGAAAAGAAAGAGCCUCAAAAAUCCGACGAAGAACCUUGUGAACGAUGCGAAGAUGUGAACAAAGAAGGAAAGAAGAAGGUUCCCGUCAUUCCCAGCUUCCGACGAGAGAAAGGGAGGAUGGGAAACAUAACCAUUAACUCUAAUUCCUUGCGCUCUGGCUUUGGAGGUCCCGGAUAUGCCGCCCCAGUCGCCCGAAAAUUGAUUGAGCAGAGGCCUGAGCCCAAGUCGUUUAAGGUAAGAAAAUCAGUAACGGCUGAAUGGAUAAUCAUAAUAGUUUUCAAAUAUGUAGCAUUGUCAACUUGCAAGAAGUUUAACUCAUAAUUUUUGAGGUAGAUUUUUAAACUUUACAUAAGUUGGCGAUUUUUCUUUUUCUAGCCUCGACGUAUCCCAAGGCCCAUUGCAAGGAAAGCAAAGAAGCCUAAAGAUAAGGGAGAGGAAGAGGCUACGAAAGAAAUACAAGAGAAAGAGACAGAAAAGAUUGUAAAUGAGUCUGGUGAAGCUGAAGAAGAGAAACAGAGGAGCGAAGAUACAAUAAAAGUAAACGAUGAUGAUGAUGGGGAUGACGAUGAUGUUAUUGUCACGCAUCGGAUGCCCAGUGUUGUUACCAUGCCAACAGGAGAACACAAACCUUUCAUACGACAAGACACUGUUAGUUCUAGACAGGUUCCAGAUCAGAUGUCUUCACGAUCAGCAAAGAACAAGGAACAGAUGCCCGAAAGAGAGAAAGCUGAAGGUUCUCUUGUUUUGUUGUUUCGGUUUUCCUUUCUCUUGACAGUGAUUUUGUUUAUUUCAAUUCUCGUCGUUGCACAUUUGUAAAGAAAUCGCAUGUAUGGUAAAUGACCAUGAAUUACUGAUUUACUUUUUGUAGACGCAAAAGAGCCGCAAAUGACCACAUCAUAUUCGCCUUCUCAAAGAACUGCUGAAGAAAAUACAACGACUGCUCUACUGAGCGACGAGAAUCAGACUGCUGAUAAUAAAGACGAAAAUACACUAAAUGAAGACAACGAAGCCAAGGGUAAAGAGGAAAAUGAAGAGGAAGCUCCAGUGGAGGAUGAUAAGCCGGAAAGACGUGAUUCACCUGAACCAAGUGAUCCUCAAUUAGUGACGUUCAUUGAUCCUGAUACAGGCGAGGUGAUACAAAAACCACUCAAUGAAGUCCCGAUUGAUGCCGAGAUUCUUGAAGACUAUGAUGAUGAUGAAUUAGAGGGGAUGGAUGAACAUACUAGCGCCCAAGCUGAAGAUCCAACGUCGUCUUGUCGUAGUACACGAAGCGAUCGCGUACAGAAAAGUGUGACCUUUAGCGAAGACCACAUCCGAACAUCUCGACGUAAUCGACAGUUCCCCAGUCUGUACACCUCUGGCAGAGAUUCCCCAACACUUAGAUCCCAUAAUGCUGGCUUAGUCUUCAAAGAAACAGUGUUGCCUGUUUAUGGCAACAAAAGGGCUGGUGACCCGUUGAGAAAAACGUCCAACAGCUCGUCAGGUGUUUCUCCGCUAACAAUAUUCGCACUUGCGAAAAGUAGGCGGGAACACACACCUACGUCGAGUAACGUUAGAACUCGGUCAGCGGAUGGACGCUACAGACAAAAACACGGUACAACAGAUAAUUCCAGUCUAAGAACUGAUGAGGUGAACCAAGGUGAUUUUGACCUGAAUGAUGAAGAUCUUGCACGGCUUAUCGAUACCAUUAGUCUGCAGACUGGUGCAGGUGGACAUGAAACGCCAGGAUCAUCGAGGCCCCCAAGCGUUAGAAAACAAGGAAGCACUCUUAUGCGCUGGUGCAUACAAGCACUCCAGAAACCGGACCGGGAGGUUCUUUUCCCAUCCAAACCCACACGCCCAAGUAGUUCACCAAGUGUUGCUACAUCGAAAGCGACAAAGAAAGCGGAAGAGAGCCCUAAAGGUGAUAAACGUCUUCUCUUUUGAUAGCCAGUAGAUCAGUCUGUCAUACACGUCGUUUUUAGUAAGAACUCUAAGUGAUUUUCAAAAGAAAUUCUCCUGGUUCGUCGUUAAAUCAACACCUGGAGGAUUUACAUUCUGUAACCAUUUUGGCCAAUAUCUUCGAAAUAUAUAUGUGUUCUAUUCGGAGCAUGACAUACAGCUUGCCACGCUUCUCUUGGUAAGAUUUUCUUCCAGUUAAUGGGGCGUUUCGGAUAUUUGCCCUCCUUACUUAAUAACACAAUUAGGUAGUUCCGUAGGAGGAUCACUCUUGUAUCGAAUGAUGUCCAAAAUCAACCAUCGCGGUGAAAAGUGACGUUUAACAAUAUUUUUACCUAUUGCCCAGUAUUUCAGGAGUGCCAUGUUUUCACAUUUUCUCUGGUAGGUAAUAUACUGUACCUGAACAAAAAAGACUCUGAGAAAAGACCACAAACUGCCGACACUGUUCGCAGUAACGCCACAAGCCAGGAAGAACACUCGAUGUUCCCGUAUGAGAAUACCCCAUCGCGAAAUAAAGGAACGAAGCAAACUAAGACACGUAAGAGGGCCACACCUGCCAGGAUGAACACGUGGAAGCGCGUGUCUUCUGAUGAAGAUGGUCAGUAAAGCGUUUGUAAAGUGUGGGAGGAUGCCGUAGCAUUUAGAUGGGAUCACUAAUUCUCUUUCCUAGCUGCUCCACAGUUCCUUGUUAAUCAUUUAAAAGAAUUGGCGUUAUAUUAAGAUAAAAGCGUCAGUUAUGAGUUUAUUGAAAUGAGUUAGCAGUGAUCUCAUCAAAAGAUGUUUAGGUUCGAGACCUUACCAUCGCAUUGUGUUCUUAAGAAACAUACUUUACCUUCAUCCUCACCUUUUCUCCUCCUAAGAAUGUAAAUGGCUACCUGUCAAACCGGACGAAAUAUAAUUCGGGUGCCAGUGGUCGCUAUAUUUGACCCAAGCCAUCCCGGAUGUUGUAGGCCAUUUGUUACAUAAUAAAAUGUUAUUCUUUUUCUUUCUUAAUUCGUCCUUGUGAUUUCAUAUUUUAGAAUUUUCUGCGCUAUCAGUGAUGUAGGGUAUUUUCUUAAUAAAUGGAAUUCACGCUCAUGCUUGUGCAUAACUCUCUAAUGCAUGUAUACUUUGUUUCCAGAGGAUUUCUUAGAUGCCUACCAAGCCAUGCGCUCCAGUAUAGGCAUACAUACAUACAUACACGAUGCGGAUAAGGUAAAGAAAUGCUUAAAAUAUAGGCAGAUUACGGAAAGUUGCAUAGUUUUAUGAAGUUAAUUUGUCAGUGACGUUUAAUUUUUUCCAAAACAUUAAAAUCGACUUUUGCACCUGCAAAACAAAUUACCUACCUCGAACAUCGAUCUUACACUGUAGCUGUUGUUGGUGGAAACUAAGUGCGUUUUGAACGAGUGAGGAAAGAGCGAGUUUUGGAUUUGGAUUGGAUUUGUGAAUUGGACUGGAUCUGUGUUUUCUUUAACAGUUUCCUUAAUCCUUUCGUUUAAGCUUAAAUCGCAUGGUAGAAAGGUAUUUGUUGACCACAGCUAUAAUAAAAUUGCUCUGGUUCUCACUCACUUCAUAUCUGUCUUUAUACCAACUGUGCGUUUAUUUUUGCUGCAGGAUUACAUGAAGGAUCUACUCUCUGGAGAAUCAUUCGAAAGGGAGAGGUACCAAGUAUACCCUUCAGUUCUUACCACACCAUAAUUCCUUCACAUUUCCCUUUAGUUUCUCCAAAGCUUUGUGUCUUCUUAUUGUGCAGUUUUCUUUGCAGUUUUUUGUUUCUCCCAUCUAUCACUAAAUUUUAAUUUGGUCUUUUGCCUCCAGACUCUCAAAUUCACGCGACAUCCCAAGUUUAGAUACAACCGACUACGGUGGAAAUUGGCAAAAUAAGGUUUUAGAAAGGUAAGAGUACAUAUAAUUAGAUUUGUGUUGAGCGCUUAUUGAUUAAAUGUUAUUAGACUUAUACUAAUCGCAAUAACUAAUCGUAAUAAGGUGGGACAUAUGAAGGAGGGAAUAGAAAAAAUAUACUUUUAUCCAGCCUCAAACGCGGGAAAUUGCGGGUUGGUUGGAAAAAUAGAUGGCGGAAUCAAAAGGGGCUGAUGAAAUACCAGCUCAUUGUCGACACACAUUUAAUAAUUCCUCAAAGUCUCCCAUUUUUAUACUGCUGUGUAGUAGCUUUCAUUGAGUUAAUUUCGUAAUUAUUGUUGUCAGGGCUUAUCGACUGAAGCAACAGCGUUUGGAAAGACAGAAAAGUGCCAAUGAAAGGAGACAAGCUCUCGAUAACAAACAGAAGGAAAGAUGGAAAAACUCGAGUCACUUAGAGUGCGGGCAAGGUAUUCUUUUGACGAGAAGUCUUGCUUUCAGUUUAGUUGAGAUAAAGUAAUUUCAUCAUUUCUUCUUUCUUGCCGUAGCAUGUGCUUCGUUUCUGUCCGUUGCUUUCCUUCACCACUAGAAUAUUUACAAUCAUAUUGCUUUAUAAAUUGGUUGACCUAUAAUCGGUGUUUUUUUUUUCAAUCCACCCGCAGAACAACCGCCUAAGUCUGACCCAGUGUUGGAGUUCAUCACCCCACCCCUCGUAGAUGAUCGGGAUACGUCGCCCUCGCCCUCUCUCAGUCAAACUGAAAUCUGGAAACUGAAGGAACAAGAGUUGUCAAACGAACGUCCUUUCCGACUGAGGCUUAAUUCCCAGCCUGGAGGUGUGCAGCUUACCCCAUUGGCUAAACGUUUAAUGGACCUGAAGACAUGUGACCAUGACGUGUCGGAUGUUGUAAAUGUCCUACCUAAGCCUCCUCCGUCAGCCUCAAUCCCAAGCAAAUGCAGGUAAAUUGUGAUGUGAUUUUUAAAAGAUGUUCUGUCCGCUUAAAAACUGAUAGCAUGUUUCGGACUGUGGUAAGCCUUGUUAUUCAGUCCAGGAGUUUUUCCAUUUCCGUUUUUCCAAGGUUUCACCAUUUGUGAGUUACAAUAUUGAUUUUCCCUAUGUUUUUCAUUUUGCUUGAUUGACUCCUUACAUCAAAUUACCUCAUGGAAUUGCUUUUUACUAUUCGUAUACAUACAUUUCAACAAGUGCAAACGUUUAUUUAUUUAUUUAUUUUUGUAAUGCUUUUCUUCACUCCUCAGUCGCUAUGUUCUCGUGGCACAACCGGAAAUCAAACAACCUCGUGCCCAGGCCACAGAAGUUGAAGAAACUCUUCUGAUGUUGCGUUUUCCAAAGUCACGUGUAAGAAGACGUCAUAAUAGCGCCACUAUUCCCGGGCUUCACGCCAAUCGGAACGUUCGUGCAAGGACUAUCUUCGAAAUGUGACGUAAAUUAUCCGAGCUGAACAGAAUUGCUUUGAAUGGGAGAUGUUGUUCGUCUGUAUCUCUAGAAUAUUUGAUAAUUUUUUAGAGUAAAAAUUGUCUCAAGAUGACAAUAGUUUUCUAUGUUAUUGUAAAUGGAAGGGAAUCUUCUGCAAUAGUUGC